AGGUUAAUUUAUAUGAUCACUUUAAUGUCCAGUUUGGCCGCAAUUCUCGCAUACACAUUGGGAAGUAUUCUCCUCGUUGCGAUGGUAAUUGCAUGUAUAUACUCCUUCAAAAAAGGCGUUGCUCACUUCCGCGCAAGAGAGGACUUCGAGGAGUGGGCUGAGCGCAAUACUAAGUCUGUUAAGUUGACUACAAUGACUAAGGAAUUUAAGGGGAGGUGCUGCGCGAUUUGCCUCGAUGAAUUCAAGGAAGGAGAUUUAUUACGGCAAUUACCUUGUGGUCACUGCUUACAUGAGAAGUGCUUUCUCGACUGUUUUGAGAGGGACUCGGAUGAUGGUUCCGAGAGGCACAUCCAUAACUGUCCGCUGUGUCGUGAAGUGGUUGGUUCUAGCACAUGGCAAUAUUAAUUGUCGGGUGCCGGGAUAGAACCUGCGACCUUUUGUGUUAUAUGAUCGCACGCUGUUACUGUUUUCAUUGUUACUCUAUUAUCAUGUAUUUAAGUCAGCUCAACCCUUCCUCAUCAUGAGGGCUAGUAGCAGCCCCGGUUUUGGAGUUGACCUCAACUUUAUCGCUGAGCUUAUAUAAGUAGUCUUUCUCUCUACGGGUGAUCACCAGGAGAAGUAUUAUUAUGGCAAGUUGAGAUUUGCACGUUUUUCAUUGUUGGUGGAAACUCGUAGUUAUGAAAGUUGCCGUUUUGUAUGGUAGUGCUGUACAUUAGUUUUGGUUACUUCGGCGUAAUAGCUGAGUUGUUGUUGUGCGUGCAACAUAUUAAUGAUUAACCAAGUUGUUGUUGUAUUCUACUAUAUCGGCCUAUGAGCGUUUCUCCA